UCCCCGCCCCAUCAGCGCUGCUUCCGGGGCGGAAGGCGAGACACGUCAUCUUCGGGUUCCCACCGCCAGCUGGGCAGUGGAUGGUGGGAAGCAAGAUGGCGGCCACCGCCAGCAUUCGGGAGAGGCAGACAGUGGCUUUGAAACGUAUGUUGAAUUUCAAUGUGCCUCAUGUUAAGAACAGCACUGGAGAACCGGUGUGGAAGGUACUCAUUUAUGACAGAUUUGGCCAAGAUAUAAUCUCUCCCCUACUAUCUGUGAAGGAGCUGAGAGACAUGGGAAUCACUCUGCAUCUGCUUUUACACUCUGACCGAGACCCUAUUCCAGAUGUUCCUGCAGUGUACUUUGUAAUGCCAACUGAAGAAAAUAUCGACAGAAUGUGCCAGGAUCUUCGAAAUCAGCUCUACGAAUCCUAUUACUUAAAUUUUAUUUCUGCUAUUUCAAGAAGCAAACUGGAAGACAUUGCAAAUGCAGCUCUGUCAGCUAGUGCUGUAACACAGGUCGCCAAGGUUUUUGACCAGUAUCUCAAUUUUAUUACCUUGGAAGAUGACAUGUUUGUAUUAUGUAAUCAAAAUAAGGAGCUUGUUUCAUACCGUGCCAUUAAUAGGCCAGACAUCACAGACACAGAAAUGGAAGUUGUCAUGGACACCAUUGUUGACAGCCUCUUCUGUUUUUUUGUUACCUUAGGCGCUGUUCCCAUCGUCCGAUGUCCACGAGGAACGGCAGCAGAGAUGGUGGCGGUGAAACUAGAUAAGAAACUUCGGGAAAAUCUAAGAGAUGCAAGAAACAGCCUUUUUACAGGUGACACGCUGGGAGCUGGCCAACUCAGCUUUCAGAGGCCCCUGCUGGUCCUUGUGGACAGAAACGUGGACUUGGCGACCCCUUUGCACCACACCUGGACAUACCAAGCAUUGGUGCACGACGUGCUGGAUUUCCACUUAAACAGAGUAAAUCUGGAAGAAUCUGCCGGAGUAGAGAAUUCUCCAGCUGGUGCUAGACCAAAGAGGAAAAACAAGAAGUCCUACGAUUUAACUCCAGUUGAUAAGUUUUGGCAGAAACAUAAAGGAAGUCCAUUCCCGGAAGUUGCAGAAUCAGUUCAGCAAGAGCUGGAAUCUUACAGGGCACAAGAAGGCGAGGUGAAGCGACUGAAGAGCGUCAUGGGACUAGAAGGGGAGGAUGAAGGGGCCAUCAGUAUGCUCUCUGACAACACUGCUAAGCUGACGUCAGCUGUUAGCUCAUUGCCAGAACUUCUUGAAAAAAAAAGACUUAUUGAUCUCCACACCAAUGUCGCCACUGCUGUCUUAGAGCACAUAAAGGCGAGAAAACUGGAUGUAUAUUUUGAAUAUGAAGAAAAAAUAAUGAGUAAGACCACCCUGGACAAAUCCCUUCUGGACAUCAUAGCAGACCCUGACGCAGGAACUCCAGAAGACAAAAUGAGGCUGUUUCUUAUCUACUACAUAAGCACGCAGCAAGCGCCGUCUGAGGCUGAUUUGGAGCAAUAUAAAAAAGCUUUAACAGAUGCAGGAUGCAACCUUAAUCCUUUACAGUAUAUCAAACAGUGGAAGGCUUUUGCCAAGAUGGCCUCAACUCCUGCGAGCUAUGGUAACACCACCACUAAACCAAUGGGUCUCUUAUCACGAGUCAUGAACACAGGAUCGCAGUUUGUGAUGGAAGGUGUGAAGAACUUGGUCCUGAAACAGCAAAAUCUGCCUGUUACCCGUAUUUUAGACAACCUCAUGGAGAUGAAGUCAAACCCUGAAACUGAUGACUACAGAUACUUUGAUCCCAAAAUGCUGAGGGGCAAUGACAGAGAGGAGUCAACACUGUCUGUGUUUGUACUUCUGCCUCGAGCUUGGCCAACAGUAGACGUAGACGCUGAGAGACCAGGGCGGCAUCUGCGUGCUGAUGAGCAGUGUCAGCAGUGGUGUGGCAAACAAGCCUGAGUGUUGUUUUAACAGAGUCGUCUCCUGAGCUAGCCCGUCACAGAUCUUGGUGUUUAAUCAUGAGUGAUGCUGUGCUGUUUAAGCCUCAAGUCUCUUCACCUCCUGUCUAAUCGCAGAAGUUAAAAUUCUAGUGUUAAACACUGGCAAGACAUUUUGAUCACGUGAACAUCUAGCCUUUUCUAUGGAAUGUGGAAUAUUUUAACAGACCGUAGAAGUGAGAAAAGAUGGUGGAGCUGUGAUGCCCCAGAACGUCAGGGCCUUCCUCUGAGGACAUCUACACUAUAAACCACACUGUAGAGCCUAAUUUUUAAAAUAUUUUAUUUAUUAUUUUUAUGUUAUGUGUCUGAGUGUAUUGCCUGCAUGUAUGUGAGUGCAC